AUGUGGUGUCGGAUUGCUCGACGGUUCGCGAAGGAGCUCAGGCAUGUGGGGCACCUCACGAAUUCGUCUGGUGACGUCGCUGUGUCGGUGGGGUCGGCCGUGGCCGUGCCCUCGGAACUAUCUGCCGUGGUGAUAGGUGGGGCUGGUGAUGGGGAUGGGUGGGGUGAGGCAGGCAGGAGUGGUGCACCUACAUCUGCGUCAGAGGCGCACGGUCUGAAGAUCAGAUCGGUCUCCAUCGGAGAAGGGUGGAAGGGUUCCUGCAGGAUGGGGGCCGCAAGAGGGGGGUCCAUGAGGGGGGCUUCGUGGGUGUGUACCAUUCGGGCCGGGGGGGUGGGAGUAGGGAGGGGUAUGCCAGUGUUCCGUAUCACCAGCAAGUCAGAUACAGCCGCCCCCAAGCCCGAUGAGGGCUCCGACGCCUCCAGGUCUUCUCCGGAUUCCCUGUCCUCGCUGUUUCCUCCUGCCCCUCUAUUAAAGCUCCUGAAUGCAUGGGAGUGGGCCUGGGGGGGGCAGGGAGGACCUCGUCAUGGGGCUGUGGUGGGACUGCAGCGUCCCCAUUGCUGCCAGCCUCACCUGCGGCCUGCGCCACUCCGUCUGCGGUCUCUGUCGCUCCUGCAGCAGACUCCUCUGCCCCAGCUGUGGCCUCUACCGUCCCUGCUGGCCGUGCUAAAGCCCUGUCCCUAA